AUGGAAAACAAAAGAUUUUACUACUCAGGUAACAAUGACAGGGACCACAGAAGAGGUGUAGGGGUCAUAGUCACCAAAGAAAUAUCUGGAAGUGUUACUGACUUUGUUCCCUACUCAGACAGAACAAUGUUAUUAAAAAUUCGAACAAAGCCGCUUAACAUCAACAUAAUCCAAGUGUACGCCCCAACUCUCGAUAGAGGCGAUGACGAAGUGGACAAAUUUUAUGGCGAGAUAAAGGAACUUCUAGGGUUAACCAAGCCACACGAAAUCAAUAUAAUACAAGGCGAUUUCAAUGCGAAGAUCGGUUCUUUACAAGCAGACGAAAUUGUCGGUCCAUAUGGAUUGGGUGAUAGAAACCAUAGGGGAGAUCGACUGGUACAAUUUUGCCAGGAAGAGAACUUUAAAAUAACAAACACUUGGUUUUCGUUACCCCCUAGAAGACUUUAUACAUGGAGAUCACCUCAGGAUAAUAAGGAUAUCAUCGUUAGAAAUCAAAUCGAUUUUAUACUGAUAAACAAGAGAUUUGGCACAUCACUCAAGCGAGUCUGUACAUACCCGGGCGCCGACGUGCCGUCCGAUCACGUUCUUCUUUUGGCUUCCUAUAAAGUAAAGCUUUCACUUGUUAAGAGACAGCAACGAAAACCUCAGUUAGCUAUUGAAAAACUAAAAAACGAAGAAGUAAGGACGACUCUGCAACAAAAACUAAAUGAUGGACUGGCGAGACUGCAAGAGACGAUUGGAGAAUAUCAAGUCGACAAUAUAUGGGAUAGCUUGAAGAAAACCAUGAACUCUGUUUCUCAGAACAUACUAGGAUACCGUCAGCCUGUUCCUAAGAACAAAUGGAUGACAGAGGAAAUUCUACGACGUAAACAUAAAAAUGUAAACCCUGAUCAAUAUAGUCUUUUAAAUUCUAGAAUUAGAUCUGAAAUCAGAAAAGCUAAAAGAAAGUGGCUAGAGCAAGAAUGCCAAGAAAUAGAGAGACUCCAACAGAUACAUGACACUCAUAGCGAACAUAAAAAGCUAAAGGAGGUAGCUGGAAUAUAUAAAACCAAGGCAGCAAUAGUUCUAGUCAACGACAAAAACGAGAUAAUCCUGGAAAAGGAUGAAAGAAGAAGAAUGUGGGAGCAAUACAUAAGAAAACUAUUCCAAGACAGUGAGAGAACGGACCUCGAAAUUAACCCUGCGGGUGAAUCGUUGAGUGGACCACCGAUAACAAAAGAGGAAAUUCGUAAAGCGAUACAACUUUCAAAAAAUAACAAGGCAGUCGGACCAGAUGAAGUGCCAGCCGAGAUCAUUAAGCAAAUAGACGAUGAUAACCUGUCUUUAUUGGAAGUUGUUUUCAAUAAGAUAUACAGCACUGGCAGAGGAGUGAGACAAGGAUGCAUCAUGUCCCCACUUUUGUUUAACGUGUACUCAGAAGCCAUUUUUGGCGAAGCAUUCGAAGAUAAGGACAUCGGAAUCAAAGUAAAUGGAGUAUAUGUGAAUAACAUUAGGCACGCGGAUGAUUCUGUCUUGAUAGCGGAUAAUAUCCAAGACUUACAACAACUGAUUACUCUACUAAACGACGCCAGUAAAAACUAUGGAAUAAACAUAAAUAGUAAUAAAACAAAGUUUAUGAUAAUCAGUAGGGACAGGGUGCCUUAUGUAAAUGCGCAACUCGUCGUCGAUGGAAUGGCUUUGGAACGAGUCAAGAAAUAUAGAUACUUGGGUAGUUGGCUGUAUGACGAUUGGGACAACGACAAAGAAAUCAAAGCCAGAAUAGAAAUAGCCCGGAGCUAUUUUCUCAAAUUUAAACGGCCUAUUUCGGACACAUAA